ACAACUUUGAAAGCAGACGGAGUAUUUGGAACAUCCAUGAUGACGCAAGCUUUGUCUGUUGGUUUGUGAAAUACCGUGGAAAAUGGAUAUGAUUGCCGCAGCUUAUGGAUGUGAAAGCGAUGAAGAAGAAUCUUCCGAUCCGUGGGCUUCUUCUCGAGUCUCUGCAAAGCGUACAGCAGCAUUUAACGAAUUUUGCAGUAGACCUUUGAAGAAGGUUGCCUCUAGAUUGCCGGCACCUAAGCUUGCUGCAAACUCCCUAGAAGUUGUUGAUGACCCAUCACAGCACGGCAAUAGAGUAAGAAGUUUUCCCCAUGAAAGAGGAAAUUGGGCAUCCUUUGUAUAUCUACCUUGGGAAGCAAACUCUAGAUUUGUCAGGGCAGUUGAGCUAAUCACAAAGUGGUUCCACGAACAUGAUAUUAAACUUGAUAUUUGUGAUGAUUUCCACAUUAGCUUAACAAGGACAGUAAUUUUAAGGCAUCACUGGAUUGAAGGCUUUGUUGCUUCUAUUAGGAAUCAACUGAGUGACACCCCAAGGCCUUUCCAAUUAUAUGGCACGAAUGUGUUGUCUGUCUACCUCAAUGAAGAAAAAACCAGAACAUUUCUUGCCAUAAAUGUUGAAGAUCCUGUGGGCAUUCUCAAUAUGCUGAUAGAAAAAAUGGAUUCUUGCUUGAAGGAAUAUCAACUGCCUGCUUAUUAUGAGAAACCGUCCCACCAUGUAAGUAUCGCCUGGUGUGUUGGUGACAAAAAGGAAGAACUAGAAAAACUUGCAUUUGGUUUACGACUCGAAAUAGACCAAAUUUCAUGUGAUGUGGACGAGGUAAGAUGCAAAAUCGGAAAUACCGUAAAACGAUUGUGAUGUCGCCCAAAAUAUAAAAUGCAGAU